AUGGCUCUCGCCGCCCCCACGUACCUCACCUCGCUUCAGAGCAACAUUCGAGCUCGACCAAUACCAUGGGAUGGCGCUGUCCGGGCCGGCAACCUCACCGAUGAUCAGCUGAAGCGCAUCAAAUCGGUAGACAAAGUUCGCAAAGAGCAAAGGAAGCAGACUAUCGAGAAAGAUGUCAAGAGCUACAGUACUCUGCUUGUAGGUGGUGGAGACGGCGGCAGUGUAUUCGACAAAGCCUCCAAACGAACAGACAUCCUGCAGUAUAUUCUUGUCCUCGCAACAGAUUUGAUCGCUGAUGCACCUGCUCUUGCAGGCUCGAUACUGGAACAGUCGAAUCCUUAUCAAUAUUUCAUCACAUUUCUCGGCCAGUCGAACAAUCCCGAAGACCCUAUUCCUCUACUCUCGGCAACUUUGUUGGUGUAUUUGGUAGCCUACUCUAUCACUACGACCUCCAAGCCGCAGAAACGGGACAAUGAGGCUCUUUCCAAACUAUAUUCUUACCUUUCCACACUCUCCAAAAACCAGGACAGCGGAUUACAAGACAUUGCGGUACAACAUUAUUCGACGCUCCUCCGAACAUCGCAGUCCAAAAAGCUGUUCUGGAAGCAAAAGGAAGACACCGUGGGCCCGCUGUUCGACAUCCUCCGGAAAGCUGCAGGUUCGGCCAAAGACAGCGAUUCAACGCUACGAAGCGGUACCAACAGCAUCAGAAGCACCGACACCAGGUUCAGCGGCGGAGUUGGUCUGCAGCUCAUGUACAAUAUACUCUUGGUUAUAUGGCAGCUCAGCUUCGAAGCUGAAGUUGUGGGCGAGGGCCUGGAGCAGGACGAGGAAGUGAUAUCUCUGUAUACGCAGCUCCUGCGCGUGUCGCCGAAAGAGAAAACGACUCGCCUGCUGCUCUCCACAUUGCGCAAUCUGUUGUCGGACAACCGAGAGGCACUCAUUCCAGCCGCCACGACUGCACGGCUACCCGCUCUUUUGUCGAAUCUUAGCGGACGACACCUGAGUGACCCUGAUUUACUCGAAGACCUGGAAGCGCUCAAAACGAUGCUGGAAGAUUACACCAAGAACCAAACUACGUUCGACGAGUACGCAGACGAAGUCAACUCAGGUCACCUACGAUGGUCGCCUCCACAUCGCAACUCCACGUUCUGGCGAGAAAACGCCCGCAAGAUCUUAGAGGACAAGGCCGAGUUGCCCAAGAAAUUGGCAGAUAUUCUUGGUAAGAACUGGGAACAAGACAAGAAGGUGCUGGCAGUUGGCUGUAACGACAUUGGCAACCUCGUCCGCGAAGCGCCUGAACAUCGAACAGCACUGGAGAAACUGGGACUCAAGGUUCGGAUUAUGGAGCUGAUGAACGACUCUGAUGAAAGCGUGCGGUGGGAGAGCCUCAAGGCCGUAGGAGAGUGGAUGCGAUAUUCAUUCGAAAAGUAA